GCCGAGACCGCUCGCGAGCCGCUGGGGCGCUUGGAGGGCGCGCAGCGCGACGGCAGGCCGGCGUGGAUGACGAAGGGCGUCGGCAUCGGCACCAAGAUCCUGGGGGAGCCCACGGGAGAGCUGAUCAAGCCGGGGCUCACGCGCGCAGACCUCGAGCGCGCGCAGGCUCGGGGCCCUGCGCCAGGCCUGGACGUCCUCGGAGAGGUC